CGAGAACCGGCUUGGCAAAAUAAAUAAUAGUUUACUGAUAAACUAAACCAAAAACACACAAACAUAAACACACAGAGCAAUGCAGACAUAAGGAAUAAAGAUGAAUAAGUGUGCAAGUGUGUGAGAAAGAGCGAGAGAGAUGGGAUGUGUAAGGGAGGGGUAAAACAAGAGAUAAAGAGCAGUUGGAGGCAAAAGCAAAUAGAGUCUGGGAAGAGAGGAUGAAGGGAGGACAAGAAUGUAUAAAGAGCGAGUGACAGGCACACACACAGACACGCACCUUUUUCCACGGCGACAACAUGGGGGCAGUUGUUGGAACAUUGACCAUGCAAACUAGACAGCGAAGACUCUCAUCAAGAGAUAAGAUCGAUGAUGAUUUUGAGCUGUCUGUAGUGUGUCAUCGUCCAGAAGGUUUGGAGCAGCUUGAGGCGCUAACAAACUUCAGCAAGAAGGAACUACAAGUGCUGUACAGAGGCUUUAAGAAUGAAUGCCCCAGUGGAGUUGUCAAUGAAGAGACGUUCAAACAGAUUUACUCACAGUUCUUUCCUCAUGGAGAUGCCAGCACAUACGCACAUUACCUGUUCAAUGCCUUUGACUCCUCCCAAAACGGAUCCAUCAAAUUUGAGGACUUUGUCACAGCUCUGUCCAUCUUGUUGAGAGGAACAACAACAGAGAAGUUACAGUGGACGUUCAAUCUGUAUGACAUUAACAGAGAUGGGUACAUUAAUAAAGAGGAGAUGAUGGAUAUAGUGAAAGCCAUAUAUGACAUGAUGGGCAGAUUUACGUAUCCCGCUCUGAAGACUGACACACCAAAACAGCAUGUGGAUGCUUUCUUUCGGAAAAUGGACAAGAACAGAGAUGGAGUCGUCACACUGGAUGAGUUUAUUUACUCCUGUCAAGAGGAUGAAAACAUCAUGAAAUCAUUGCAGCUCUUUGAGAAUGUCAUAUAGCCACAGGAAGAGGGGGAUGAAAAGAUAAAUUAGUAUGAACUUUUGAAGCUGAUAAGGACUAAUGAAGGACCACUAUGGUAAUCUCUUUGGCAGUUUGAAAGUUUUUAUCCCCUCCUUACCUUGCCAAAUGUUUGUUUAAAGGUGAUAUGUGUAUUUUCUGCAAUGACAGUCACCAUUUUCAAACACUCUGCUUCUCUUUCAUUGAUUGGAAAAACAGCUGCUCCAAAUCACACCAUUGGUUGUCCCAAUGUUGCACUAAUGGGCUGGAUUGGACGCACAAACCUCCAAAUGACACAUACAGCACAGUUGAAUCUACAUAUUAAACUGGGAUGGGAGAAAGAAUGACCGUUUUCAUUCAACCCAUGCUGUUUAACCUCAACGGACCUCAUUUGCAGAAUAAUGUAAGAAUUCGGUUCAUAACCAAAAACAAGUUAAAAGUGUGUCAGCUACUUGAACCAACCGAUCCAAAUACACAAAGACUCUUUCUGCAGCACUGAAUUACUGUGAGGUAUUUGAAAGCCUAUCAUUGAUAUUUGUAUGAAUGUAUUUUGAUAUGUUUAAAGGGACAGUUCACCCAAAAUGAAAAUUCUCUCAUCACUUACUCACCCUCAUACCAUCCCAGAUGUGUAUGACUUUCUUUCUGCACCAGAACACAAAUGAAGAUUUUUAGAAGAAUACCUGAUCACUGUUAAUGUCCAUAGUGAAUGUCAAUGGUGACCAGACCUUUUGUAGCUCCACAAAUCACAUAAAGGAAACAUAGAAGUAAUCCAUAAGACUCCAGUGGUUAAAUCCAAAUCAUCAGAAGCUAUAUCAUAGAUGUGGGUGAGAUUUUAUAACUCUAAAUCUCCACUUUCACUUUCACUUUGACAUCUGAAAGUCACACGUGGUGCCUGUUUAGUUUUACUUUCACCUCUGAAAGUGAAAGUGGAGAUUUAGAGUAAUAAAGGACUUAAAUAUUGAUCUGUUUCUCAUUCACAUCUAUCAUAUUGAUUCUGAUUUAAAAUCUUAUGGAUUACUUUUAUGCUGCAUUUGUGAUUUUUUUUUUUUUUUUUUUUUGGAGCUACAAAGUUCUGAUCACCAUUCACAUGCAUUGUAUGGACCAACAGAGUUGAAACAUUCUUCUAAACAUCUUAAUUUGUGUUCUGCAGAAGAAAGGAUGUCAAACACAUCUGGGAUGGCAUGAGGGUGAGUAAAUGAUGAGAGAAUUACAAUUGUUGGGUGCACUGUCCCUUUAAGAAUCAUCUGUGGUGAAAUCUGGGGUAUAUGUUUUCAGAACAAGUGAGAUACGCUCAACAUAUUCAUGCUAACUGCUCUAUGCUAAAAGACCGUUCUUCUGUGGCUGUAAUUUAGCUAGAAGCGUUCAACGUUUGCUAAUCCAUAAUUAUGACCAAUGGCUCUGUGGUUUUCUAAUGAAACAACUAAUCAGCUUCAUUGAACUUGCUUUAUGUGCUCUGAAGUGUUAAAGUUGUAAGACAGUCUCUGCUUGUUUGUACGGUGAUCUGUCCCAACAUGGUAAUGUUCUAGUGUGUUUCUGUUAUUACAGUGUUAACUACUGUGUUAUAAUAUUGUGCUUGUGCGCCGACGAUUCAUCCUGUCACUUGCUGUUAAUCUAAUGUUUGUGCCCAUUAUUAGUAAGAGUUUGUACUCGUCACUCGUACUGUUUCCGUUGGCUUGUAAUUGCUUUAAGCUCCGCCUACUCCAAUCUCUGCUUCCUGAGUGGUCUGUUUGUCUGUCACUGAAGGAGGUACAAGAUCUGUUUAUUAGUGAAUCUAAUGAAAACAUGUCCAGGACAUUUUUAUGGAGAAAAAAGAAA